UCGAACUUGGAGGCACCAUGGAGCAGGAUUCACCAACCCAUGCACCAACACAAGCGACCAUCAGCAACCCUGCAGACAUUUCGGUCAUCUGCUGUUAUUUCCUGGCAGUCAUCGGAGUUGGGCUAUGGUCCAUGUGCCGGACCAACCGAGGUACCGUCGGGGGAUAUUUUUUGGCUGGUAGGAAUAUGAUAUGGUGGCCGAUCGGGGCUUCUCUCUUUGCCAGCAACAUUGGCAGCGGGCACUUUGUGGGUUUGGCAGGCACCGCUGCGGCUAACGGCCUGGCCGUGGCAGGAUUUGAGUGGAAUGCUCUCUUCAUUGUUCUCCUCCUUGGAUGGCUCUUCGUCCCAGUCUACCUCACAGCUGGGGUCAUCACAAUGCCACAAUACCUGAAGAAGCGCUUUGGAGGUCAGCGCAUUCGUCUCUACCUCUCCGUCCUCUCUCUUUUCAUGUAUAUCUUCACCAAAAUUUCGGUGGACAUGUUCUCUGGUGCUGUGUUCAUCCAACAAGCUUUGGGCUGGAAUAUUUAUGUGGCUGUCAUUGCCCUCCUGAUCAUAACCACGAUUUAUACAGUGACAGGUGGUUUGGCAGCGCUUAUGUAUACAGACACAGUCCAGACAUUUGUCAUGGUCAGUGGAGCUUUUGUCCUCAUGGGAUUUGCCUUUCAUGAGGUGGGAGGCUAUCAAGGAGUGUUUGACAAAUACAUGGAGGCCAUUCCCAGGCAGACGUUGUCUCCAGCUCCUGACCUAUACAACAUCUCAGCCUCCUGCUACCAGCCCCGCGAGGACUCUUUCCACAUGAUCAGAGAUGCUGUGACUAGCGACAUGCCUUGGCCAGCUGUGAUCCUUGGCCUUACCAUCAACUCUAUCUGGUACUGGUGCAGCGAUCAGGUCAUAGUGCAGAGGUGCCUGGCUGGCAAGAACCUGACCCAUGUCAAAGCUGGAUGCAUCCUUUGUGGCUACUUAAAGCUGCUACCCAUGUUUCUCAUGAUUAUGCCUGGCAUGAUCAGCCGGAUUUUAUAUCCAGAUGAUGUGGCCUGUGUCAUCCCAGAGGAAUGCAUGCGGAUAUGUGGCACAGAGGUUGGAUGUUCCAAUAUCGCCUACCCCAAACUGGUGGUAGCCCUCAUGCCGAAUGGACUCCGGGGCCUCAUGCUGGCCGUGAUGCUGGCUGCAUUGAUGAGUUCCCUGGCUUCCAUCUUCAACAGCAGUGGCACUCUCUUCACCAUGGACAUCUACAACCGCCUGAGGCCACAAGCACAUGACAAGGAGCUGCUGAUAGUGGGCAGGGUGUGGAUCUUGGUCCUUGUGGGAAUCAGUAUUGCAUGGAUCCCAAUAGUGCAGGCUGCUCAAGGUGGGCAGCUUUUUGACUACAUCCAGUCGGUCAGUAGCUACUUGGCCCCACCUAUUGCUGCCAUCUUUCUCCUUGGAGUCUUUGUCAAAAGGGUCAACGAGCAGGGUGCAUUCUGGGGCCUGGUUUCAGGACUCGCCAUUGGCAUGGCCCGGAUGAUCCCGGAAUUCAUUUACGGAACAGGGAGCUGCCUGUUUCCCAGUUCUUGCCCCCGCCUGAUCUGUGGCGUCCACUACCUCUAUUUCUCCGUCAUCCUCUUUUCUGCUACGGCUGUUAUCACAAUGGUGGUCUCUCUCUGCACCCCUCCGAUCCAGGACAAGCAUUUGCAUCGCCUCGUGUUCAGCCUCAGGUACAGUAAGGAGGAACGGAUAGAUCUGGACACCGAGGAAGAGGACGAAGCUAAACUAAAGGAGGCGGCGCGCCAGCAGCAGAUAGAGAUGGCCCAAGCAAAGAAUGGAAAGCUGGAGAACAUCCUGGAAGUGGAAGAUGAGAAGACAGCACUUCCUAUAGGCAAGCUGCGUCAAUGUCUCAACUGGUUCUGUGGGACGGGGACAAGCCAUCAAGAUCAGGCAGAGCCAACCCCGGAGGAGAAAGCGGAAGAGUUGCGGCGCCUAACGGACAUCUCAGAGCAUCCAGUCUGGAGGCGCGUGGUCAACAUCAACGCUCUGGUCAUGAUGGCUCUCGCAAGCUUCUUGUGGGGCUACUAUGCCUGAGUGCCACCCACUGUGGUAUCUCAUCAUAAACUAUGAUCCCUUCCCAC